AUAACAAGCCUUUAUGACAGCAGUCUGAACCGGAUUGGGUGGCUGCGAGAAAAGGGAAGUAAAAAAAAAAAACAUGUUGCGUUAUUUUCCAGCGGAAACCAGAGAAGUGUCAGAUCGUUAGUCGACAAUGUGAGACAUUCAUCUACAAGAGAGAAAUAAAGUCACAGAUCAGACACUGCUGCAAACUGGCUGAGAUCAUGGACCAUGCACGACCGCAGGACACACCGCAAAGCAAGGGCUCCAUGUUACGGCACAGGGAACACAGUGAUGAGUCUGUCGACAAGCGGCCCACUGACGGCUCUUCGUCUCCCACUGACGCCAAGAGGCUGAUCAGAAGAGUGCGAAGUCCAUCCAGACCGAGGGCAUGGCUGUCCAAUUCUUACAAACCCAAGUUUGGAGGGCGAUUCCAAAGACCUCGGGAUGACCACUCAUUCCACAAACGUGGCUUUCCCAACCAGAGGUACCACCACUUCAACCACCGGGGUUACUUCCACCGAAGAGAUCAUUUCCAUCCUAAAUAUCACCACAACGAACUGAGGGACAGGGACCGGGACAAGGAGAAGGAGAAGGAGAAGGAGAAGGACUGGUACGAGCAGAGAGAGAGCACUGAUGGGAGUUCACCUUCGAAACAAAACAACACUACCAGACCUUUCUUACCCAGAUCCACUUCCAGCAGAGACAAGGACAUGCAGUUCACUAUUUGCCAGAGCGACAGGAACCAAAGCAGGGAGAGAGAUCACAACGGGAGUAAAAGCAAAGAGAGAGAACGCAGCAGAGACGGGGAGCUCCCUUCAACUGCGAGCCAGACGGCGACACGAGACCGAGCCAUCCAGCAGAAGAGGAAAGAGAUAGACGAGGUGUACUAUCAGGAAUGUGAAAUGUUUGGCCUCGUGGCAAAGAUGCUGAUAGCAAAGGAUCCAACCCUGGAGCGCCCCAUCCAGUCCGCGCUGCAAGAGAACCUCAGGGACAUCGGCAAGCGCUGUGUGGAGGGAAUGGAGAAAUUUAUAGAGGACUAUGACUCCAAGGAGCGGUCUCACUAAUCAGCCUAGCAUUGAUGCUACUGAUAGAAGUGUUGAGAGUUUUAUUUCAUGUGAUUAAACGCUUCUUUUGUUGUUUGUUUUAGCCAGUAGAAGUAAUAAGUUCGUAGAUUCUUGUCUGCUGCCUGGGCAAAGCCCCCCCUCUGUGCUCAGCCUUAUGGUGAGCAGCACUGGUUAAAAAUAUUAAGAGUACACUGUGAUGGAGAUAUGAUACUGCUUGUAAUUUUUGAUAAUGUGAUGAUUAUGUUGAAAAAUACACUGGUUGUAUUGCUUAAGUGUCCUUAUGAAGAAGUCAAAAAUAUAUUUUGACAUCCGACUGACCUGCUUGUUUUAUUUGUAACUUGCUUUUCAAUGAUUUCAUUUUGUUUACAGCAUAUUAAACUUGGGAUCACAAAUA